CUCAAAAGAGAGGCAGUAGCUUAUUCCGUUGUAUCACUUGCCAGCGGCAGGCUGAGGCUAGGGAGAGCUUGGGGAUGGUUUUCCGUUUUUUACUCACCUCUGGAUCUAACACCCUUUUUAACAAUACAAUUUUUGCCUAGCUUAAAAUCCACCGACAGGCCAUGUCUCCUUGUGGCAGAUGAUUGGCUGCUAAGUUGGCCGCGACGAUCGGAAGGCUCCUUGGUGCAGUCAAGGUCUGACAGAGGCCCCGGCUUCUCUCUCUUUUUCCUCUGAGUGUGUUCCCCAAGAGCCUUCAAAACUGUUUCUCCAAAGGGUUCUGCAGAAACUCAGACUGUUUUCUAAAGCAGAAGCACCACAGUCCACAGCGGAAGCGAUGGGCAGCGUGCGAACCAACCGCUACAGCAUAGUUUCCUCGGAAGAGGACGGCAUGAAGCUGGCCACCAUGGCUGUUGCCAAUGGAUUUGGGAAUGGCAAGAGCAAGGUACACACCAGGCAGCAGUGCAGGAGCCGGUUCGUCAAGAAAGAUGGCCACUGCAACGUUCAGUUCAUAAACGUGGGAGAGAAAGGACAGCGGUACCUAGCAGACAUAUUUACCACCUGCGUGGACAUCCGCUGGAGGUGGAUGUUGCUCAUCUUCUGCCUGGCUUUCAUCCUCUCCUGGCUGUUUUUUGGUUGUGUGUUUUGGUUGAUUGCCUUAUUGCACGGGGACCUCGAUAAAAAGGAAGGACUCUGUGUCUCUGAAGUUCGCAGCUUCACUGCGGCCUUCCUUUUCUCCAUUGAAACGCAGACGACGAUUGGCUACGGCUUUAGGUGCGUCACGGACGAGUGUCCCAUCGCAGUCUUUAUGGUGGUUUUCCAGUCGAUAGUCGGCUGCAUCAUUGAUGCCUUCAUCAUUGGUGCUGUGAUGGCUAAGAUGGCCAAGCCGAAGAAGAGGAACGAAACUCUCAUCUUCAGCGACAAUGCGGUGAUAGCUAUGAGGGAUGGAAAGCUGUGCUUGAUGUGGCGGGUUGGGAAUCUACGCAAAAGCCACUUGGUGGAAGCUCACGUGAGAGCCCAGCUCCUCAAAUCCCGAAUCACCACUGAAGGAGAAUACAUCCCGCUAGACCAAAUUGACAUCAACGUCGGGUUUGACAGCGGGAUAGACCGCAUAUUUUUGGUGUCGCCUAUUACAAUUGUCCACGAAAUAGAUGAAGAGAGCCCACUGUAUGACUUAAGUAAGCAAGAUAUGGACAACACAGACUUUGAAAUUGUAGUAAUAUUAGAAGGCAUGGUGGAAGCUACUGCCAUGACUACCCAGUGCCGUAGCUCCUAUCUGGCAAACGAAAUCCUCUGGGGCCACCGUUAUGAGCCUGUACUGUUUGAAGAGAAGAACUACUACAAAGUGGAUUAUUCUAGGUUCCACAAAACGUACGAAGUGCCGAACACACCCCUCUGUAGUGCCAGAGACUUAGCGGAAAAGAAAUAUAUCCUCUCUAAUGCAAACUCAUUUUGCUACGAGAACGAAGUAGCCCUCACGGGCAAAGAGGAAGAAGAUAGUGACAAUGGAGUGCCCGAGAGCACGAGUACAGACACACAGCCAGAGAUGGAGCCCCACAGCCAAGCUGGUGUCCCCCUAGAGCCUAGGCCUUUAAGGCGGGAAUCUGAAAUAUGACUGAUGGAAAUGUUUUCCGCUCUGGUUAAAAUAUAUCUGUCAAUAACGGGCAGGCUACAUGCAGGAGUGGCCGCAAACAGUUUUUCAGAUGACGGUACUGUCAAACAGAGAUAGGCAUGCAGGCCAAAAAGUCCUGCUAGGCUGGUUUUCAAAACGCUGUCUUCAUGGGAGGUACAGCAAAAGCGUGAAUUGGAACAUGAAGCACUAUGUCUGUGCUUGACUAGAAAGCACAUAUAUGUUGUAGAAUAAAUUAUGUAUAUAUUUUUUUUACAAAACUUGAACUUG